AUGAAGGGAAUCUUUCACUUCGUCUACGUUGUUGCCCUCUUCUGUCUUGGGGUGGCAUCCCAGGGAGCAGGGCAAGAUCUAAACAAGGUUACUUUCAGCACGGCAAUCUGUCCUUGGUAUUAUCUCAGAGAAAUACGACACGACUGGGAUAACUCGCUACCAAAGGAUAUGAGACAGCCUAGUAUCGAGUUCACGGCUACAUGCUACAACGGGAACAGCGGCCAGCUCCGCACGACGAGAAUAGACCUCGACAAAUGCAUCACCAACGACCAAUCGGUCCUUUUACCCGCCAACCCAGACGCGCACUUCCGAACGGAAAGUAUAGGCCCCUUCUCCAAAACCUGCGAGUCGUGCGCUCUAAUCUACACCGGUCCCUGGAAGUCCCCGGACUUCACGGAUGACGAGUACUUCGUGACUAUGCGAUGCCAGUGCAAAGGAGAAGCCCGUUUUGACGAAACGCCGAAUAUGAUCAAGCUCAACGACCCCAGGACCCUCAUACUACAGGUCGACCAGACCGGCACCAUCAGCUGCUUCGGCCACCAAGGCGACGAGGUCCCCUACGACCCCAACGCCGUGCCCGCCAUGAUCCCUCGCAGUGCCAACGCCACAACCGUGACCGCCACCUCAACCGCCACCAUAACCACGUCUGCAACCGCAACCGCAACCGCAACCACAACCGCGAAUCAAACCAUCACCACCACCGUAUUCACCGCCACUGCUAUUACCACCAUCAGCAACACAUGCCCUGCGCCCUCCCCCUCAACCCCCCCAGCCUCCGUCUCGACCGUGACCGUCACCAAGAAAGAAAAGACGAAGAAGAAGCAGAAGAAGAAGCCAAAAACAGCAACGGAAACGAAGACGGAAGAGGCAGUAGAAGCGAGCCACGCCACAACGCCGCUGCCGAGCACCGCUACCGUCACGGCCUCGGUGCCGGUCACGGUGCUCGUGACGCCGACGCCGACGCCGACGCUGACUACGAUUAUUAACGCGAGCUUGUCGUCUGCGGUGAGGGCGGUGCUGAGUAGUACUGUUGUUACUGUUGGUGCUUGA